UACAAACUCGAUGGUACCCAACCUGUUGAUAUCAGAUAUUUUUAAUUUGUAACAAUCAUGAGUAAUUUAAGAAGUGAUAGUAAUGAUAGAGAGGAGGAUUUGAGAUUGAGAAAGAGGCGGAAGAAGAAAGACGUGGAUGACAGUGACCCUAUUAGUGAAAAAUACGUGUCGGAAGGGAGUGUCUGUCACAUCGACACGAGCGAUAGUGGCAGUAGAGACACAGAGACUAAGAAGAAAAUCAUUGGUGGUCUGCACAAGGGAACAUUUUGGUUGACAAGGAUUGUUAUUUUAAGAUCUUUUGGAUUCGUCUACUUCGUUGCUUUCCUUGUGGCCUUGAAUCAGAAUAAACAGCUGAUAGGUAAAAAUGGCCUCCUACCUGCCAACCAGUAUCUUAAUGACAUUAAGAAAAAGACAGGUGGAAUUAGCUGGGAUGCGUUCAACACAUGCCCCAGUGUCAUCUGGUUUUUCAACUACAACACACACCUGGAUCAGAUCCUCGACGUCCUGGCGUACACAGGCUUGGCUCUGUCUUUGUUUCUUGUCAUACGAGGAGCUGCAAACUGGUUCAUCAUGUUGACUCUGUGGAUGAUUUACCACUCCAUUGCCAAUGUUGGACAAAAAUGGUACAGCUUUGGUUGGGAAAACCAAAUGCUUGAGACGGCAUUCCUGACAGUAUUCCUGUGUCCGGUGUGGAACCUGUCAUCCAUUCCACUGCACACCCCGACAUCUUUCAUCGUUAUAUGGGGUCUUCGAUGGCUACUCUGCAGAAGGAUGAUCGGAGCAGGAUUGAUCAAGAUAAGGGGAGACAAAUGCUGGAGAGAUCUAACAUGUAUGAAUUAUCACUAUGAGACCCAGCCGGUGCCAAACCCCCUGAGCUACUUCCUGCAUCAGUCUCCUGAACUGAUACACAAGAUGGAGACACUUGGCAACCACUUCAUCGAACUUGUGGCUCCAUUCUUCCUGAUCCUGGGACGGAGAAUGACCAUCAUUGGUGGAGGAAUACAGAUCUUCUUUCAGGUCGUGUUAAUCACCAGCGGUAACCUGAGUUUUCUCAACUGGUUGACCAUUGUUCCUAGUCUGGCAUGUUUUGAUGAUCGCAGUUUAAGUUGGAUGUUCUCUGGGAGUUCUAGGUCUGUCAAGUGUCGGGUAGCCCAAAUACAGCACCAGACAGAAAGUGGAAUAAUUAUGAAAUGCAAUUCACUGAGAUGUAUAUUCAACAUUGGCUUGGGAUGCCUCAUCCUGGGACUCAGUGUUCCAGUUGUCCAGAACCUCUUCUCUCAACGCCAAGCUAUGAACAAGUACUAUGACAGUCUGAGACUUGUCAAUACAUAUGGGGCUUUUGGAAGCAUUACAAGGGAACGAACAGAGAUCAUACUAGAAGCGACCUUCGAGAGUGACCCAAGCGACCCCCGUGCCAAGUGGCUGGAGUAUGAGUUUAAGUGUAAGCCUAGCAACAUCACACGGCGGCCGUGCAUCAUCUCCCCUUAUCACUACCGACUAGAUUGGCUGAUGUGGGUUGCAGCCUUGCAGGGCUACAAAAACAUCCGUGGCUGAAGCACCUCGUCCUCAAACUACUUGCCAAUGAUGAGGAUGUGAUGUCCUUGAUUGCAUUUAACCCUUUUGAAGGUCAACAGCCACCUAAAUUUAUCAGAGCAGAGUUGUACAGAUACAGCUACUCUAAGGUUGGAAGUCGAGAGGCGGAGGCUGGUGCAUGGUGGGUCAGAAAACAUGUCGGAAACUACCUCCCAGUGUUGCCUAGCAACACUGUACAGGAUCCUGGGAAACAGCAUAUGCCUAAUGUCAAGAUGAAAUUGUAACAUGACAAUACAUUAGCUAAAUUGUGUUAAUUUUUUUUUAUUUAUGUCAAUAAAGGCUAAUAAUAUA